UUUUCCUCUAAUCUAUUUUCGCCCAAUUUCGAACCCUAAUUCCGACGAAGACAGGGGCAUUGGCUACUUGCAUACAAUGCUGGGCGGCUUGUACGGAGAUCUCCCGCCACCAUCCUCCACCACGGAUGACAGCUCCACAACUACAUCCACCACUAAUGUGUGGUCGAGCAGCGCCAAGAUGGCUCCACCCACCCUACGGAAACCCUUCCCCCCACCUCAGACCAUUCUCAGGACCCAGCAGCCGAAGACCAAGCCGAAUCCUACCAUUUCUAGGGGGCCCAUAACUCACUCCACUUCUGCCAUCUCUGACGAGUACACCACCAGUCCUGCCACGGCUUCGUUUCAGCCGGCUCUUGUCGGCUUCUCAAGCUCCGUAAUCGAGGAGUACGACCCGGCCCGGCCCAAUGAUUACGAGGAUUACUGCCGGGAGCGGAAGCGGAAGCAAGCCGAGGCGGAGAUGAAGAUAGAAUUAGAGGAAAGAGAGAGGAGAGAGAGGGAAAGGGAAGAGAAAGAAAGGAGGGAUCGGGAGCGUGACAGGGAUCGGGAAUUGAGUAUAUCUGGAGAGGAGGCGUGGCGGAGGAGGGCGGCAAUGAGCAGUGGCGGUGGCAGUGGAGUGCCUAGAUCGCCAUCGCCACCAUCGGCAAAUGCGACUGGGGAAGGUUUUAGCAUUGGUAAGUCAGAGAGUGGGGGUUUGGGUUUGGGGGCGGAGGGUAAGAUGACGGCAGCACAGAGGAUGAUGGCAAAGAUGGGGUGGAAGGAAGGUCAGGGAUUGGGGAAGCAGGAGCAGGGGAUCACCACUCCUCUGAUGGCCAAGAGGACCGAUAAGAGAGGUGGGGUUAUUGUGAACGCCAGCGAGUCCAACAAGAAGGUUAAGAGUGUCAAUUUCAACGGGACUCCCACCCGCGUUGUGCUGCUCAGAAACAUGGUUGGCCCAGGUGAAGUGGAUGAUGAUUUAGAAGGUGAGGUAGCAGAGGAGUGUUCUAAAUUUGGGGCAGUGACUCGCGUCCUAAUAUUUGAGAUUACAGAAGCAGGUUUCCCACACGAUGAAGCCGUGAGAAUCUUUGUUCAGUUUGAGAGAGCAGAACACGCAACUAAAGCCCUUAUCGAACUUGAAGGUCGCUUCUUCGGGGGUCGAACUGUUCGAGCUUGUUUCUACGAUGAGGAGAGGUUUGGUAAUAAUGAGUUGGCUCCUCUGCCAGGAGAAAUCCCUGGCUUCUUUUGAACAUUUGUUUGAAGUUGAAGAUGCAUGUCAGUUUGCUUGUUCAUGUUAGUGAAUGUGUAGGCACUUUUCAGAAUGUUACAUAGAAGUUACAAAUAACGUUUGUUAAAAGUCUCCUGUCCGAACAGUUUGCAUUAGUGGAAAGAAAGUGCAAGUUUGUGCUUUGAUGAAGAUUGUAACCAAAUAGUCACUCAAAAUAUCUCAGUUGCGGUAA